UCGAAACAGAGAGAUGGUGCGGACACGAAGGAACAUGGAACAGAUCGUGAUCAAUGGCGAAUACUUCAUGGUUAAACUUGUUGAAUCUUCAGAACAUGAACAUGAAAUCAAAGAUGCCACAGAAACGAAGAUAAAACUCAAUUUGUCUCGAUGGAUUCGCCAGCUUUCACGAAUGGAUAAAUUGAAUAUAUUUCUUCAAAAUUUGAAAGAAACUUGUGUCAUAAGUGAAAUGCAGAAGUUAUCAAUAGAGACAGAGUACCAGAAUUACAGCCAAAUGCAAAGACUUGUUUUGUUUGUUCAAAAUGAAACCAAAGCAAAUCUAUUCAAAUUCUGCAAAGAAUUGAGAUCAAUGCAUCCAUUAUUGGCGGACUUGAUUGAGGGGAACAACACAGAUGGUACUGACAUUGAUGCAUACCUUGACAGCAACGAAAUCUUAGAAAUCGAACAAAUCCUUCGAUCUUCUGUAAAGAGUUGCACUGGUGCUACAGUUACGUGUGAGGACAUCCAUGUCAUGGUUGAAGACAAAAUGAAGACGAACAUUUGUUUCGAGAAAGUGAAAACUUGUUUGCUAAAUGUGUUUCCCCAAGCUACCUGCAACACGACAGAAAAGUGUUUUGUUGGCGUUCAGGAAACCUCAAAAUCUGCCUGUUCUUCAAAACAAUCAGAUAAGUCUCUGGCGUCAAAAGUAUUUUCUUCUAUGCCAAUUGAAGAAUUUGCAAAGGAAAUUGGAAACAAGUUUGGAUUCGGUAUAAAGCAUGAGUUGAUGUCUUUUCAAAAAGAAAUCCAAGACCAGCUCGCUGCUUCUCCGUCAGAUAUGUCUGAGAAAGUAUCCUUAAGAAAGUUUGAUUCACCAGCGUCUGGCGACGUUAAGUACUGCAAAGGAACAGUCAGACCUGCUCAUGGCAAUAUAUUGGUUCCAAUUCACGAAUUUCGUUCAAUGAUGAAUGCAUCAAAACACUCAAUAGCAAGAGAAGUGUUACGGUUCAUGGCUGCUUGUAUGAAUUCUAGAAAGAAUGGAACAAUUCAUUUUGGCAUUAAAGACAACGGAGAUGGAUGUGGUACAAUCGAAGGGGUUCCAAGUAUUUCAUUCAACACAAAAGAUUUAGACGUUCUAAUAGCCCGGUACAUUACUGAUACUUUCUGUCCAUACAGCCAGAAUGCAUUGCAGUGUUUAAGACCGACACAGGCGAUUUCAAUGAUGGAAUCUGAAAACAUUGUCCUUGAAGUAGAUGUCAUUCCGUCUUCGUUUCAUUGUCCAAAUGAAAUAUUUCCGAUUUGCUUUCCGCCAAAGGGUCCAGCUUGUACUGUGUACUUUAUUUAUGACCUGAAGCCAAGAUGCAAUUUAGUUACCAUUGAUGGAUCAAAGAUCAAGUCUGUACAAGGCCAAUACGCAGAAAGGUAUGAGGGGAGACGUACCCUGGAAAAAGGAAUUCUUGUGGAAAACAACAAGGACAAAAUGCUAGAAAGAACAUUGGCAGUUGCGCUGACAGGUACAGGGACAAAGUAUGUUACAGACGAAUAUGUUCCAAUUAUAGUCACUGGUAAAAUUGGGAGGCAUGAUGAAAGCGAUUUAAGAAAGCAUUUGAAGAUGGAUCUAGCAUUCACAUCAUCUCGUUUUAUUAUUGACUUGGAUUCAUCUUCUAAACUGAGAACUGAUAUAGAAAAAGACACACUUAUUUUCAAUGUUAAAACGGCUGAAGAUUUUAUGCAGACAGACAGACCAGAGUUAACAAAUGAACCGACCUGGUUGUAUUGCAAUGGCUACGAUGAGAAUAAUGUAGGUGCAAUGAAUGUUAAAGAAUGGGCAGGACGCAGGUUACCAGGAAUAAAACGUGCGUUGAACAUGAUUAGGGACAAUAUCCCUGAAGGACGUGCAUUAGUUCUAUUUAUGGUUUAUCAACAACCAACGAAAGUGGAUCCACUUUUUGAACUUGUCAGAGACAUGAUGAUGUCAUCAUUCCGGGGAGAGUGCGUAGUUGUUUCAAGCACGGAAAACAAUAUAAAAGAUAUCAAGAAUGAAAUGUCGCAUCUAGUGGAUGACCCGUAUUUUGAAGAUCAAUUUCACACAGGUCUUCCUUGGGAGUCAAUUUCAAGUGUCAUAAACUCUGUGUUUCGUCCUAAUCCCAAUGUCGUAUGCAAGCUGCCUUGCAGUUCCGGAGGACACUUCGUAGAAAUGACUACGAAGGAGAGAUCGACAAUGAAACUAACCGACAUAGAAAUACUAAGUGGUGAGGAAUGUCAGAUUGAAUACGAUAAAAUGAGCAAAGCUGAACGUAAUGGACAUGAGCAAGAAGUGCAGAAACAAUAUUACAAAUGGAGUGGUGUGUCGUGGUGGAACUUCUUUUAUGACAACCAGGUUGGGAAACGCAAGGAUUUUGAUUCCCAUAAGGAGGAUAUGUAUGAUAAAUUGAUGUCAAAAAAAGGAGAAGACUUGGUUGAAAUCCAUGAAAUAGAACAUCACCCUGGUGCUGGAGGAAGUACAUUGGGAAGACAUCUACUGUGGCGAUUCAGUCAAUUUAACGGUGUACCCAAAAAUGCAUUCCGCUGUUGUGUGGUGAAAAACAUAACAGAAAAGACCGUUGAACAGAUAGAUCGUUUCAGAGUUUUUAAAGAUCCGAAAGACCCGAAACCUUUUAUAGUUCUUAUAGACAACAAGGGCGAAGAUGGUGUUGUGUUGCUGCGGUCAAAGUUGCGCUAGGCUGCCUACAAAACUAGCACACCGGGAAAACUGUUUUGCUUAAUCAUAUUGAUUAAUAGGGUGCCGAUUUCAAACGAGAAAACAUCUUCAUCUUCAAAACGGAAGCGGCUUUUAAGACACAAUUUAAGUGGUAAAGAGUUACAGUGGUUUGAAAAGAAGUAUAAAGAGCUUGAUGACAAACAAAAUAUUGACGUUGAAACGUUGAUUGCUUUCAAUGUGAUGAGAAAUUCCUUUGAUAAGAAGUAUAUAGAUGAACUCACAACAGAGAUGAUGAAAGGCGUAACUGGAACAGAAUUUGAAGUACUUAAAUGUUUGUCUGUCAUAUCGUCGUAUGAAAGCGAUCAUCCCGUGCCGCAGUCAGUGUUUGACUCGUUUAUGGAAGAUACAACCGAUAUAGCAGGAGUGUUUGACUUGCCAUUUGGUAUAGCACAUUCUGUGAAUGAAUUACGGAAUAUGCCUGAGAGAAGGAAAGACAUAUGGAACACCAAAAUGUCUGAUGCGAUGUCGUUACUUGUAACCCAGCGGCACGAUGCUGAUUUUUAUAAUGGAGGAAUUUGCAUAAUCUCACAACCACUUGCCAAAUCAAUUUUGUACUACAUAAUGAAAAAAACAGGCAGCUUCUUGGGAGAUAUAGUUGAACAUGUCCUUCAUGCAGUUUCCAAGAAAAAGAGUAAAGGCAAUCCAAUGUCGAAACAAUUCUUAAAAAUUGUAGGCAGCUUAUUCAAAACAAGACAAUUUGAAGACAGCAAUAAACCAGAGACAAAGCUGAAAUUUUCAGAUUUAGUGUUAGAUCUUGAGAAAGAGAAAGCUUCAAUGAGCGGAUCGGAAAGUGUGUUGAAGACAAUGCAGAGGUGUUUUGAAAUUACGGAGGACGCCAUGGUGGGCCAACAGCUUGCACGAUACAAUAUUCACAUAAAUGAUUAUGCGAAUGCUGUACAUGAGAUCAAAAGAUCUCUGGAACUGAAACCUGACAAUUCCUACCUUCUUGACACGUAUGGUCAAAUUUUCAAAGCAAAAAUGGAGCACGUGCUGGACUCACAUUCUUCUUGUGAAAAGCUUGAUCAAGAAAAAGCUGUUGAUGUGAUCAAUCUGGCUUUUUCUGCGAUCGAAAAAUUCAAAGAAGGCCAAGAAAAAGCCAAACAAUUGGAUGACACAAAUAUGAGUUGUUUUCACAUGGAGGUAAAAACAGCACUGUUUCUUCUCGAAAAGUUUCAAAAAUUCGACAACGUUCCAAAUAGAAAUGAACUAUGCAGGUUUUUGACUGAUAUUUCUUUUUCAAUCAAUGAUUCCACUUUCUUUGGAUUAAAACAAGCUUGUCCGAGAAUAGAAGAACUGAGAAAAGGUAGUGAAUGGCAGCAACACCUUGAGUCAUCACUUAGGUGUUUAGAAGAGACGAACUACCAAAUCAAGCGUCAUCUUUACACAGUGCAUACGGAACAUGAAACGUUGCUUUUGAAAUUGAGAGAACGUUUCGAACGAUUUUACGGCGCAAUAGAUGAGAGAAGCAAGUAUCAAUUCAAGUUUGGCAUUGGUCUUAAGCCAUUGAUGACAGCUGCUGAAAAGAGUCCAGACCUGUUGCAGUAUAGGGUAGAUGAGGCACGAAAAAACCUCCACGAACUCAAUCACAGUGAUGUUAGAGAUUUGUUAGUGUAUUUAGGAUACAGUAUCAUUACAUUGUCUGAUGGGUCGAGCAAGGCGAAAGGCCAGCAAUGUUCACUUGAAGAGUAUUGUCGUUUAAUAAGGUACAGUACAAAAUUAGUAGACAAGCAGAGGAAAGAAAUGGCUGGACGAAAAUACCUGGAGUCUUUUCUGUACUUUGCUAUGCUUCAUUGGCCGUUACAGACAAGACUUGCUCUCAAUGAAGAUGCUUUUUCUCAUGGGGGAACAUACAAGGAUUUAAUAAAAGAAUGGGAGGAAUCGUACAACCACAAUCACUUCAUUAAAUCACUACAACAAUCAAAAUCAAAGAAGCCGAAAAAUUAUUUUGCUUUGGGAAAAGGAUCGCCCGGAAACGAUAUCGUAGAUUUGGAAUCAAUAACGAGAGAGUGGAUGGAUAGGAACAAAGAGGAGGGUCGAUAUAGGCGCCCGGUAUUUGGAGACAACUUUUGGCGGGAAGGGUUUGUUGAGGCACGCCUGGAACGCUUAGAGGGCGUCGUUGACGGCAAUGGUAGCACAAUAAGUCAUACGGUAAAGUACCCCAACAACAGGGAGCAUUCGUUUACGAUAUGCACGUACUAUCCCUGUAAUAGUUAUAGCAACAGAUCAGUAACGUUUGUUCUUGGAUUCACGUGGAAAGGACCUACGGCAUUUGACGUUCGAGAGAAGGGAAUAGAGACACAAAAGCGGGUUGUUGCCAUAAUUGAUAAAUCACAUGCACCCUUGGUUGGAACGGUGGCAACCGAAACACUGCAAUACCACGAACAUAUGAGCACACCAUGUGCAGAGACGGGAGAACAACCAGGACAAGUUGAACGUUCGCUUGAGACACAGAAAGUAGAACCAAGCGGUAAAAGGACGACUGAAAGGACUACAGAAAAUGCAUCAAGCCGGAGACAACGGAAGAACAAGAACAAAAAGUCUUCACAAAACACUUCUGCGAAAUAAGUUAUUGCCUAUGGUUGUGAUGGAUUUUAAUUGCGAAAAACUGAGAGGAAAAACGUUUUGUCAGUUUAAAAAAGUAAAUCAGCCACCUCAAAAUUUAACUACUUAAGGAUUGUAGUUGAAGCACAAUGAGUUUGAAUACAAAAAAUGAUUGUGUGCAAGGAAAACCCAACUCGAACUGCAUUUAGAAGCGAGGCAUGCAAUCUUCCUUUAAGAACGUUAACUAAAAACGUUCAAGUGUUCAUCUAGCAAAGGAAUCGAUGCGAGGUGUAGGCUACAUGUGUUGUGGUAGCUCCUAUCUGUCAUACCAAUAUUUAUGGUGUUACUUAACUGAGGCUGUGUAUGACGGCAGUUUGUAAAAUUGAAUACAGUUUGUACUUCAGUUUGUCAGUUGACUUUAUUUUGUUUAUGGUAAAUAUUUGCUUAUGUAUGAAAUGAAAAUGAAGUAGUUUAUCAUAAUAGUUGGUAUGCAUAAGAUGUAUAAGAAAGCACAAAGUCAACUUGAAUGUUAUGAAAUGUAUGUUUAUUUGAGUAUUUAAGUUACAAUGAUGAAUUCUUUGCUUGCAUAAGCUUAUUGCUAUUUUUGUUAUUUUUUACGUCCAAAUGUUUUAUAUACUGUAUUAAUAGUAGGUGUACGCAGUCUCGUGCUGAUUGCAGU